AUGGAUACAGUUCUGUACGUGAUCAACUUUGCUACCACCACUGUGAUCAUCAUGACAGACAUACUUAUUUUAUUUGUCGCCCUAAAAAUGGGUCAAGCUCGAAAACAACUCGUGCUAUGGACGAUUUUUCUAUCAAUGGCUAUGGAUGUUGCGGUUUACAUGAUUAUUAUUAUUCAUGAUGUACCAAGUUUUGUCUUGGACACCGACAUUUUCAAAGCUGAGGAGCUCACAUACAUUGCGAUUCUGAUACUAUGCUGCCAAUGGUUUGGUCAGCUAUUCGUUCUUCUGGUGCUGUCGGUCCUUCAUUUUAUCGCAGUGUUUUCUCCAGCGAAUUUCCGUACACUUUUGCCAAUUCACAUGCAAAUGAUCAACAUCGCCAUUGUUAUUAUUGGAGUCCUUUUUGCAGCUCCAAUGCUCACGCCGUACUGCGGCUAUUCCUACGUGACACAAGGUCAUUAUUGGAACUUCGACAUGAGUAAACCUUACACCUAUAUUUACUGGACUCUUAACCUCGUUUUACAGGCAGUCUGCGUGGCUGUAGUGGCUUGUGUCGACACUAUCAUUAUCUGGAAAAUCUGUAUGCUCCGAACCAAUCCGUCAAAGAAAAUGACAAAUAAUAUGUCUACGGUUCCAGCUGUUGGAAAAAAGGCGAUUGCCGUUAUCAGCCGGGAACUGCGUUUGGCCAUUAAUUUUUUACUUCUUAGCGUUUGCUUCCUGCUGAUGACAAUCUUCUUCAAUAUUCCAUACCAG